GAAGAUGCACGGCCAGUCGGACGACGUGCCCAUUCUGCUGGGCCUAGGCGUGGACGAAUCGGACAGCAGCCGCUUCCAUCACAUGGUGGUCGCCAACACCGUGGAAGUGUUUGUCAGAGCUGCCAUGGUGCACGUGAACAUGGACCGUCUCAAUGGCGUGCACGUCAACUGGCUCUAUCCAGGCGACCGGUGCGGUGACAUGGCGGACAAGGCUGGCCUCGUGGACAUUCUGCAGAAGUUCCGGUCUUUGCUUCCGCUGCCCGACUACACGAUUACAGUAUCCGUUAGCACUCAGUCGGCGAAUAAGAACUACGACAUGCAGGGCGUGCUUGACGUCGUCGACUACGUCGUGGUACAGGCUCCGGACUGGCACACCACCAUCGCGUGCCACUUCAAUCGAACAGAAGUGGUCGCUGCGAUGAACAGAUUUUCAGGAGCAACGGGCCUCUCGCAAAAGUUCUGCUACGCCAUGAGACUCUCUGCCAGCACAUUCCUGACACAUUCACCGGCACUGGGAGCCCGCGCCCACCGCCGGGGUAGAGAACUGCGCGCGAGCAACGCUACUGGUAAGGCAGGCCGGUUCGAGCUCUGCGAUGCCUCGUGGACAGUGGACAGGGCUGGCAGCACAAAGGAAUGCACGCUGGCCACCAAGAGGGAACCCGUGGAUGGAAUGACACUGACUGCAACAUACGAAACGGUGCAGAAUCUCAAGCAUCGGUUUGACCUGAGCUAUGCGGAUGGAAUCGGUGGCCAGUGUGUGGCAGUCUACGACCUCGAGCUCGAUGACUACAUUGGCAGAUGCAAGCGAGGGUUUUCACCUUAUCUCAGAGUCAUUGCUGCCGAAGGCAUCGAGCAGCCAAAUGCCAAACUUUAUUCAAAAGUUUCAUAAAGGAACAGCUGGUGAAUUCACGGAGUCCACCCAACUGUAGCCAAGAAUAUAUAUUGACUAUAUAAUGACGUUGCGUGUUAUACAAAUGUCACUUCCAUAAUAAAAGCAUAUUUCGAAAUAUUGAAAAUAAAAAAGCCAUUUCAUAUAUCUCAUUAGGUCAUCAGAGAACACCAAAUUUUCUUGCAUAAUUACUCCUUUUUUUUUUACCACAAGACGACACUUGGUAAGUGAGCAUUAUUAAAAAUACAGUCGAACCCGAGUAUAUCGAACUCGCCAAAAAACGUUUAUUAGUUAUUAGUUCGAUAUAUGGCAUAAUUUCAUAUAGGCCCGGU